AUGUCAAACACGAUAUAUCAUAAGGAUGGCAGUGGUAAUGAUGAUGGAUGGCAAGAACAUAAAUUUGAUAUAUUAAAAAAAUUACUUUGGUUUGUCGAUACUGAUGAUUCAUCAAUCACCACCUCCCUUCUAGAAGAUGACUAUGUUCAAGUAACUUUUCAUGUCCACCUCCCACCAAAAAUUGAGGAUAUCUCUCGUGAAUUUAAAUCAGCAGAAAAAACAACUCCUUGUGUAAUUGGUAAUAUUGAUGAACUUGGUAAUUGGGAAAAUGUAGUAGUUCCACUUAAACAACCUUAUUCAAAACCGCUAAAACUCUAUGGUGAGAAAAAUAGUACUUAUUGGGUGUCUGAACCCGUGACAAUUCCGGUGAGCAAAUUCAAUGAAGGGGAGGUAAAGUAUAAGUACGCAGUGCAAAUUGUUGAGAAAGUGGAUAAAAAAAGUAUUAAAGCUGAGGAAAAGAAGAUCAAAGAAGCUGAGAAGAAGGCAGAAAAGGAUAGAAAGGAAGCUGAAAAGAAGGCAGCAAAGGAAAAAAGAGAGGAAGAAAAAAGGGCCAAAAAAGCUGAAAAGGAAAAAAGAGAAGCUGAAAAAAAAGUUGCAAAUAAUAAGAAAUCUGGUGAUGAUAAUAUUCAAGAAGGUGAAAAUAAGAAACCUGGUGAUGAUAAUAUUCAAGAAGGUGAAAAUAGUAGAGACAAUGAUAAGUUAAAAGAAAGCGAAAAGUUAGACAGAAAAAUAAAGGAAGAGCCUAAAAAGUAUUGGUUUCAUGAGAUUAUUCAUGAUACUCUAGACCAUCGUAUAUUAAAUAUGAAAGGUGGACUUAUUAACCAGUUUGACAUGGUGAGACAGAUAGAUAUUGGCAAGCGUUCGUAUUAUAAACGUGUUCACGAUUACGAAUUCUUUAAAAUAAUCUGGAAAUCACUUUCGUCAGAUAACGCUAAAAUAAAGCUUAAGGAAUAUCUAGAUAUUUUGGAAAAGUUUCCUGAUGAAACAUUAUCGGCCAGUGAUGUAAAAUUUAUCGGGAAUGAAAUUCGCAACACAACCGAUAAAGAUAAACGCUUAUUUUUAAGUAUUAUACUAGGAUAUUACAUUAUGACACGUUCUAAUACAUUUGGCAAUUACAAUUUACUUGGAAAGAAAUUUCCGUCUCAAUAUGUAUUUGAAUCUAUUGAAAAGUUUCAACCUGAAGACUGGUUACCUAAUACAAAGGAAAUUCUUUUAACAACUCUUCGUGCAUCGAUUGUACGUGAGGUACAAUAUGAUGAAUAUUUUUGGGUGAAAGCAAUGUUUACGUCGGCACAUUUGUUAGAUCCAGAUUAUAGCUUUUUGGAAUGUGUUUAUAAUCAGAAAUUUACCGAAAAAUAUUCGAAAUUGCUCGUUGAAUUUUAUUUUCCAAAAUAUGUUACACCCAACAUUGACAAAAUUGAGUCUGAUGAUAAAUACUCUAGAAUCGCCAAGUGGAUGUUAAAAAUAUGCAGUAAUAUGAAUCAGCUAUUAAAAGUAUGGGGUUCUUUAUUAGAACACAUAAAAUAUAGUGAUAUAUCGUUGCGAAACAUAUUUCUUGAGAAAAUACAGUUCCACAUUUCAUCAGUAUCUGCAGAAUUACUAGAAGAACAUUUUAAUGCAAUCCUCAAUGAUUUCAAGUCAGAAGUGGCAGAACCAUUUCGAAGAGCCGCAUUUGCUUUAUUAGAACAAACUUCUACUUAUAAAUGGACCACAUCCAAUGUGGAUUCUAUAUAUCGCAUAUUACAAAAUGAUCAGUUCGAAUGGAACAAAGAACAUCAUCUUCGAGCGCUCCAUAUCAUCUCUGUAUCAAAAAGCAGGAUAUUAUUAGAUAAAUUUCCAAAAUUGCUUAAAUUCUGGUUUAACAAAUAUAAUAAAACUAUUGACUUAACAGAAACAAAUAAUAUUCCAACUAUCUGUAAACAAUGGUACCGUAGUAUACUUCAUCAUCUUAAUUUUACUGCUGAUGACUGUAAAUACGUUUACGACGUGUUUGAAAAUCUAUCAUAUAUAUAUGAUACAAUAAAGAAUCGACCAGAUAUAUUGACUAACUUAAUCGAAAUCGCUAUCGAUCGAUGUAAUCAGUGUAGUGAUAGUAGAGUUUUUGGUGCUACUAAACAUAUUCACAAGUUCAGCACGUUGAGUCAGGAUCUUGUUACACCAUUUGCACAAAUGGUGAAAGAAAAACUUUUAAUUAAGAAUACUGAUGACGCAUUGUUGCAAAAGAUGCAACAAAUUUGUGCAUGUAAAUCAAAUGUUUUGGAAGUUCCUAAUGU